AUGUCUGAUGGGCAGCAAGUACAGCAACCAAACCAACCCGGAGGACCAUCGCAUCUAAUCGCCGCUCUGAGUUCUCGAGGCGGAGGACCACAACAACAGCAACAAAUUCAACCUGGAGGCGGCCCUAUUCGUGUUCAGCUUCAACAACAAGGCCGUGCUCCUAUUGUGCCAUAUCCACAAGGAGCAGGUGGUCAACCAGCUCCACCUCAAAUGCGAACAGUUCAGCAAGUAUAUCAACAGCAAUCAAAUGGACCACCACAACAACGAAUUGUUCAUCAAAUCGCUCAGCGGCCAGUGAUGAGCCAACCAGCACAAAUGAUGCGAGUUAGCAGUGCGCCACAACCCACCAUGCAAAUCGUACAUACCGGCCCACCACCACAACAACAAAUUCAUGUUUCCUCAUCUCCCAUAAUGGGACCACGACAGACUCCGCAGCAACCGACUCGCGCCCAACUUGCCCCCCUACCUGGAGGUCAACCACCACCACCAGGUGCCAAUGUGCAGCCAAUGCUAGCAGCCCCCAGCUCUAAUGGUUCUAUCAUGGAUCGUAUGCGUAUCGACGAACUGGCACGACAAACUAGUGCAAAUACAGUACUUGACGACGUGGUGAAGGACAUGCUAUGCGAUUACACCGAUGAAUUCAUAAAUGAGUUAGUAAGCCAUGUGUGCAAGCUGGUGAAGCAUCGUGGAAACCAUCGAAUUGAAGCUCGUGACGUGGAGUUCGUGCUCGAUAUGGUGUAUAAGAUGCCGUCAGCACCCCGUGCAUCAGUACACGUCUUCGGUGCACCGGCUCCGAUCCGCCCUGACCGUAUCACUCCGCAACCCACCGAAGCACAUAAACAACCCAGAUAUAGUUUGUGUAUUGAUAGGCGAGUGCGGGUGUGUCGAGAUGUGCGAAAAAUGCCGCUUAUGCCACCUGGCUUGCCUAAACGGAAGUCCGACGAAGCGCUGGACGACUCAGCACCAGAUGAAAAGAAGCGCUCUCUUGAGAAGAUGGCCCAAAUCACCAGACACAUCAUUCACACUGCAAAUGCUCCAGCAGCUGUUGGUCCAUACAGCCAAGCUGUUCGCGUUGACAACACUAUCUACGUGAGUGGCUCUUUGGGGUUGGAUCCUAAGACUGGUGAACUGAAAAAUGGUAUAAAAGAGCAAGCACAUCAAUCACUCAAAAACAUAGGAGAGAUCUUGAAGGCGGCUGGAGUUGGAUAUGGAAACGUGGUAAAGACUACAGUUCUUUUGGCUGACAUCAAUGACUUCACUACCGUCAAUGACAUCUACAAAGAGUAUUUCACGGCGAAAUACCCAGCCAGAGCUGCCUAUCAGGUUGCUGUUUUACCGAAGAAAGCACUAGUUGAAAUCGAGGCUAUAGCAGUGGCAGGAGAAAUCAAAGAUGCAUAA